AUGCCUGCACUGACUGCAGAAACCUUUGCAGCACUCCAGAGUCUGCUGAAGGCUUCCUCCAAAGAUGCUGUCAGACAGUUAUGCCAAGAGAGCUUCUCCAGUUCAGUCCUUGACUUGAAAAAUCUCUUGGAUAUCACAUGUUCCAGCUUGUCUGUGACCAAGGAGGAGUCAGAGCAACUGCUCCAGGCUCUGCACCACCUCACCAGGCUGGCAGCGUUUAGUGACCUGACCUUCGCCAAGACAAUUCUGGCUCUCUUUCCUGAAAACUUCCACCAGGACCUCAAAAAUCUGCUGACAAAAGUCAUCCUGGAACACAUAUCUGCUUGGAGACCUGAAACCCAAGCGAAGCUGAUCUUUCAGCCAUGCCUGGUCAACCUGGACUGGAGAGUGGACAUCAAAACAGCCUACAGCAUCAGCCACAUGAUUGUCCCCACCUGCCUGCUCCAGAUGAAGAUUCAAGAAGAUCCCAGUCUAUUCAAGGACAAACCCUUCGUCUCAGCUGUCACCACAGAGCUAAGUAAGGAAAUGCUGGACACUAUGUUGGACGGGCUGGGUUGCACCCUAGACCAGCUUUCUGCUAUGGCCAACAAAUGGCCCAGGCCAGCUACUAGUCCCAGCUGCUGUCAGCAGUGGAGUGCCUCAAGACACCUGGAAGGCUUCCCUGGUUUCAGCAGCUGCAGCAGAAAGCUGGUGCCAACAGCUGACAGGAUGGUGGGGACAGAAUGCGCCUGCCAUCCGGAAGGCGCAGUUGCAUUGGGAAGAAGCAACCAUGCCCCCACACUGUUCUUCUCACUCAUCUUCUCUGUCCUCUUUCCAGUGCUGUUGAGCAGAAGCCUCCAUCUUUGA